AUGACGGUCGUCGCCAACUCGGGCGAGAAGGACCCGAACGCGCCGUACGACAUCUACCGCGACUCCCCGCUGCGGUACAUGGGUUACGCGAACGAGGUCGGCGAGGCGUUCGCCGCGUUCGUCGGCGAGACCGGCGUCGUCGCGUCUUACGGCGUCGCGGCGCUCUACGUGUUCGCGGACACCUUCGACAAGGGCAAGAAGGCGUACGAGGGCGAAGCCGACGAGGACCAGAAGGUCAAGCGCGGCGCGAUCGUGACCCUCGACACGCUCACGUGGCAGCUCCUCGCGUCCGUCUUCUGGCCCGGGUCGUUCAUCCGGGUCAUGGUUAACACGACGACGGUUGCGCUCUCUCUCGCGCACCUCGACGGCAUCGAGGUCAACGGCUUCGACGUCUCCAAGGCGAUCCCCACGAUCGUCGGCCUCGGGACGAUUCCCUUCAUCGUGAAGCCGAUCGACGGCACGAUCGACACCGCGAUGGAGAUGUCCGUCACGAAGGCGUUGAACGGUAAGAUCGAGGGCGUGCAGGACGCGGGCGUCGCGCUCGCGACCAUCUCGGCGUGCCUGGUCGUGCCGCCGACGCUCUUCUCCGUCGCCGCCGCGAUCAAGGCGAUCGGCGCGUAA